CCCGCUGCUGAGGCUCGCGAUACCUAGGCGCAGUCAAGUCAACGUCACGCCAUGCACCUCGGCUCGGAUCCAGAGGGAUUACCUCCCUGCCAGCUCACAAAACGGGAACAUGGUCGACUUCUGCCUCAGCAUCGACCCCAAAUGGCCCAAAGGACGCAUGGCCACCACCCCCGCCCUGCAGGCUAUCGACGGCAUCAGCAGCCGUCUGCCGGGUUCUUCCAUCAACCACACCGAUUUCCGCGCACUAAGUCAAAAGCCAAUCGCCGUCAGCAUCGAAACUAAGUGUCUCGGAGGCUCUGUCAAAACCGCCGAGGUCCAGCUGGGUGUGUGGCAGGCCGCGCAGUGGAAGAUGCUUGACACGUUAACCAAGCUCAAACCUGAGCGCGACCCGUCCGAGCCCCCUGCCGCCAUCGCCGCCCAGGCCUGACUUUCUGCCUGCAAUUCACAUUGUCGGCCACGAGUGGAAGUUUGCGGCCGCGAUAAAGCGAGGCGAUGAAACCAUUUUACUUACCGAGUGUUUGCUCGGAAGCACAAAUAGGGUCCAGGACAUUUACAAGAUUAUUUGGGCAGUCCGUCGCCUUGCUCGUUACAGUGCCGAGCAAUACUGGCCUUGGUUCCUUUCCAAUAUUUUAUAGGUAGGAAUAGGAACCAAAUGCAGAAACCACAUAAUGCCAUUUGUAAUUCACCGGAUAUCAAUGUUUUUGAAGUUCUGUUAUGGCCAGACAUCACACGCAAGUCCCCAUGGCUAGAUCGCAUCCUCUU